UUUUUUUAGGAUAUUGAUACACAUUUUUGCAGGUUAAGUGUUAUAUUUUGAACAUAGCAAACUGAAUCAAAUUAGAAAAUAUUGAAUAGGACGCAUAGGAACAAACAAAAUAUAACAUGGGAAGAGAAGCCGACAGGUUAAGCAUCAUUAGUAUGAAGUUCAACGCUUCUGGAAGAAAGGGUAGGCAGUUUCAGGAAUAUCGAAAUUCUUAUCUAAACGAUGUAGUCGGACAAAAUCAACCCGAUUUAUUAUUUUUGCCGGGAGACAAGCCUGAUAUGUCAUCACCAGUGUUGACUGAUUAUCGUCAAGCCCAAGUCGUUCAUAAUCAAGAUACUGUACUUUUAUACGAUACAAAGAGAUUGCAAUUGCAGACUCAAAACUCUCACGAGCUUAUAUCAUCUUUAGUGGUUCCUGGGAUCACACAAGGCAAACUUUUGUAUCCCUUAGUUAACAUCCUGGCUCCGAAACCUACUCAACAUAUCGUGAAACAGUUUCAUUGUAUCAGUUGGCACUGGGAGCUUACGCAGACAACAUCACAGGAACUGUAUACGUUUGCCUCCCGUUACUUAUGGUUGGCACAAUAUCUAGGAUGGAUUACUGGAGUAGAGAUUUUAAUAGGAGGAGAUUUUAAUCUAAAACUUCCACAGGUACAACAACUCGUAGAUGAACAUAAUCAAAUAGUUCAAAAUUCAAUAGAAAAUGUCAAACCUUUCUUCAGAGAAAUGGGCUUUCUGGAUGACAUGACAGAUUAUGUACAUCGGCCAGGACGUCUUCUCCGACAACUUAAGCUUCACCAGUGUAAGUCUGUAGCAGGUAUCAACCAAGAAACGGACUAUUUUGUUGCAUCAAAAGAAAUGCAGCUAUGUAAAACUGAAAUGAUGACUACAUCCACACUCCCAGGAAGAUGUACCACACUAACAUUAACCAAGCCAUCUACUCAAAAUUACUGCCCUUUGCCAACGAAGACAGAAAUGUGCAUCCCAUCAAGACCCCCACGACACAACGGUGGUUAAUUUAGUUUUGCUUAACAUUUAAAGACAAGAAAUACAUUUGUUCUAGAAUUACUAGUACUUAUAACAUUAUCAUACUUGUAGUUAUUUGUUUAUUUUUUUAUGAUUAAGAGUAAACAGUCACAUAAAAUGGGGAAUAACUUUUUGAAAUUAUUUAACAAAUUAGAUUUUAAAACUGUCCGUUUCAGUAGUGUAAUUGGUUUAAGCUUGUUCCCGACUUUAAUCUAACUUUAAAAAACAAACGUAUGCAAUUUGAUAUUGUUGAUAUGUUUUGAGCAAAGUAAAUUCCCCUCAUGUAAGCUUUUUUGUUUAAAGUGAUACAUUUGGAUAUCUAUUUUUCCAAAAAAGAGGUUGUGAUUUCAUAAGCAUAGCUAUUGCUUUGGUGAACUAUCAACGACUAUUAAGACCAGACAUUUACCUUUUAUAAAUUUAUAUAUUAUUAUUCAAUGAACAUUUUUACCUUGUAGUCAAUAUAAUUAUGGCUUAUACACUGUAAAAUGCAUAAUUUUUAUGAUGUGGCAUUGUGUGAAAAUUAUACAGAACCCAGUUUUUUUUUAAUAUGCAUGUACAAUUAAAGGGACUCAAAUAUUCAUCUCUGUCUAUAAAAUGAAAUUUUCUAGUUACUCUUCCAAAAUUUAACAAAUACGCUAAUUUCCUAAUGUAGAUGUCAAUUAUGCCGGGAAAAACUGGUCCUAGAUACACAAACAUAAAUAUUGUGUCUUUCGUUUUCUAAUUGAGUAUGUAAACUUACUCUGAUACCACGCACAGAGUAUUCAUGUAUUAUUGUGAAUAUUUAAAUGAUUAUGAAUCAAACUUUUUGUGUUUAAUCGACUGCAUGUGAUUACUCUAAUUAACUGGGUACACAUUUUACGAUUAGAACAGUUCUGUAUGGACUCGUGGGAUAAAUUGAUAUAUUACAAAUAUUAGUUGGAAAAAUAAAAACACUGCACAUACUGCACAAGUAUAAUACUUACUUUAAAGACAAGGAAAUACUUUUUGUUUUCGUAUGAAACAGAAUUAACGGACAAUUUAUGAACUAAUAUGACUAGUUAAGGGGAUAUUUACAAUUAGUAAACUCAUAGUUUUCUGUAUUUAUUAAACUGUUUCUUCCCAAUUGGAAAACUUCCAUAACCUUUCAGUUUUACGUAACAUUUUUUUUAUUUAUUUGCUUGGACAGUGUUUUUGGUAUAUAUUUAUAAUGAAAAUUAACAAAACUUUAUCGAGGAAAUGCACUGUGUGAUAAAAUGAAUAUGUGAAUGUACUCAAAUUUAACAAGUCAAUUCUAUUUGCAUUUUCAAUUUUUCAAAAAUGUAUCAACUAAGCUGUAUUUGGCCAUAUCAUAUUCUAUGCAUAACACACAUUAUCAAUUUAUGUAAUAGUGUUCUUUAA